CAAGCAGAAAAUACAAUUGUCCGUUGACUCCCAAUACUCGUAAAGCUGAAUUCACGAUCCAUUCCACAAUACAMUACAUGCUCAUUGACGAUGGCGUCGUCUUCCACAAACGUAACCUGGCACGAGUCCACCGUGAAYCAAGAGGAUCGCUGGAAACUUGCGGGCCACAAGGGGGCGGUGGUUUGGUUCACCGGUCUCAGCGGCGCCGGGAAAUCCUCGGUGGCCAAUGCCGUCGAACGCGCCCUGAGCCGCGAUCACAAGAUACGGACCUAUUUGCUCGACGGGGACAACAUACGGUACGUAGGUACAGGCGUAUGACCCCUGGGUACAGGCAGAGUGUUGUGGCGUGGGCCCGUCGCAUUCGUUCUAUCUUCUGUGCUUCGUUGCGAAGAAACACGCCGCUCUGCUCCAAAAACACACACACUCACACCGCCCUGCCCGCUUCYGCCGACAAACACAGACACGGCCUCUGCCAGGACCUGGGAUUCUGUGCCGCCGACCGGUGCGAAAACAUCCGGCGGGUCGGCCAGAUGGGCAAGCUCAUGGCGGACAGCGGGAUGGUGACCCUGGCGGCGCUCGUCUCGCCCUAUCGGUCCGACCGGGACASCGUCCGAGCAAUGGUGGAGGCCAUGGGCAUUCCCUUUGUCGAAAUCUACGUGCGGGCCUCGGUCGAAACCUGCGAGGGCCGCGACCCGAAGGGCCUGUACAAAAUGGCGAGGGAGGGGAAGAUCAAGAACUUUACYGGGAUCGACGACCCGUACGAGGAGCCGGUGGCUCCGGAGCUGGCYCUGGAUUCCAACGGCAGGGGCAUCGAGGAGCUUGCGAAAGAGACCUGCGCCUUCGUUCUGGAAAAAAUCAAACUAUAAUACAUUAGAAUCUAGAAUGGGAU